AUGGAUUAUGAUCAAGAAAUCGAUGAUGACAUGGAAAUACAGAGUGAUGGUGAUGGUGAGGUUGACAAGAAAACCAUCCAGACAGUAAUCAUCUUAGUGGCUACUGCUAUUGUAAUAGCAGUGGACCAGUAUUCAAAACUAUUCCUUGAUAAAGAGCCUUACCGUACUCAGAGACUCCGUGGCAUUACUGAGACACAACUAAUUAUUGGUGGUACCGAGAAGACAUGUCGAAGCAUGACAAGACUGAGCAAGAAGGCCUUUUAUAGUUUAUGUCACUUAAUGCGAGAAAGGGGUCUUCUGUAUGACAACAAAUUAGUGCAAGUGGAUGAACAACUGGUGAUAUUUUUACACACAGUUGGCCACAAUGCUAAGAACCGAGUAGUUUCACAUAUGUUUGGCCAUUCUGGGGAGACUAUAAGUCGAUACUUUAACAAGGUAUUGAAUGCAAUAAUGAAAUUGUACCCACUACUGCUCAAGCCUCCAAGUACAACAACGCAUGAACGAAUCACAAGUAACCGUAAAAGAUUCUACCCAUACUUCAAGGACUGUAUUGGAGCCAUAGAUGGUUCACAUAUCCCAGCGUGGGUUCUGGUUGACCAACAUCGUAUAUUUUGUGAUAGGAAGGGAUGUAUAUCCCAAAACAUCCUAGUUGCAUGCGAUUUUGAUAGGAGGUUUACAUAUAUACUUGUUGGUUGGGUAGGAUCGGCAUCAGAUUCUCAAAUACUAGAUAAUGCCAUACACAGGGUAGGAGAAGGAAGGUUAGUGGUACCUGAAGGUAAAUUUUAUCUUGUUGAUGCUGGGUUUGCCAAUCAGAAUGGGUUCUUGAGACCAUUCCGUAAUGUUCGGUAUCAUUUGAAAGAAUGGCAAAACUCUAAUUUGUCACCAACUGAUAAGGAGUUGUUUAAUUUACGACAUUCCUCGUUGCGCAAUUGCAUUGAACGUGCUGCUGAGGAAGAGGCAUUUUUUGAAGCUGAGGAAGAAGAAGCAUCUACUUCCAACAGUGCAUCCACAGCAGUAGAAACAGAUGUGGAAUAUGAAGAUGAUGACAAUGAUGUUGAAGAUGUUGGCAAUGUUGAUGAUGAUGAUAUGUCUGAUGAUCUUAAUGAUUUUGAUGAUGUGAAUGAUUCAGAUUGA